UUGAAAAAAAACAAUGCACGAACUGUUCACAAAGGUAACAUUUUCUCUAUCUGCAACCAUUACAGCUGUAAAAGUGAUGCUCGUAGCCAAGAAUGGUCUUAAGAAUUGGUCUAAUGGGCAGAGCUUGCUGGGUCUUAUUGCAUCGCCGCGUUGGCCUUUUUAUUGUGUUCUGCACUGUGUUGUUGGUGCUGUGGCAGUUGUCAUCUCUUCUCACUGAUGUCGAUUCACCCCGCUUUGUCAAGUCUUCAAGGUCCGAUACAGUAGCGAACAAGAGGAAAAGCAAACCACACAUCGUAUUCAUCUUGGCAGACGAUUAUGGAUGGAAUGACAUUGGGUACCAUGGCUCAUUUAUACAAACACCUAAUCUUGACAGGCUGGCAUCAGAGGGAGUGAAGUUAGAGAACUACUAUGUCCAGCCUAUAUGUAGCCCAUCAAGGGAGCAGCUUAUGACGGGUAGAUAUCAGAUUCACUAUGGACUGCAGCAUAGUGUGAUAACACAUGACCGCCCUCAUGGUCUCCCAUUGGAUGAAGUGACUCUGCCUCAAAAGCUCAAAGACAAUGGGUACUCCACACACCUAGUCGGCAAAUGGCAUCUGGGCUUCUUUAGACGAGAAUAUUUACCAUUGAGACGAGGCUUUGAUACUUUUUAUGGUUUUUUAACAGGUGGUGAAGACUACUGGUCCCACAGACGGCCUAACAUUUAUUCAACGGAUGCUUCAGAGUAUCAUGGGUUGGACCUGAGAGACCAAGAUAAACCAGUCCUCGAUCAGAAUGGAACAUAUUCAACUCACUUAUUCCAAAGGAAGGCAAUCGACAUUAUUGCUCACCAUGACCGAAAUAAGCCUAUGUUUCUAUACCUAUCAUUUCAAGCGGUACAUGCACCUCUUCAAGUACCAGACGAAUAUGUUGAAAAAUACAAGGACGUACAACACAUUCUAAUUAAAAAAUAUGCCGCCAUGGUAACGGCGAUGGACGAGGCGGUCGGGAAUGUCACAGACGCCUUAAAAGAUAGCGGACUAUGGGAUAACACCGUGCUGAUAUUUUCUACUGAUAAUGGUGCAAGAAGAAGCGCCGGUAGUAAUUGGCCAUUACGAGGCUGGAAGAAUACUUUGUGGGAGGGAGGAAUCCGCGGUGUCUGCUUCGUCACCAGCAAUCUUCUAGAGAGAAAGGGAACAAAAAGUGAUGCUCUUAUUCACAUCUCUGAUUGGUUCCCAACACUUAUAUACCUUUCACAUGGGUCUACUCACGACACAAAGCCUUUGGAUGGGUUUGAUGUUUGGGACUCAAUAAGCACGGGGGCAAAAUCCCCGAGAGAGGAGAUCCUUCUCAACAUUGACCCUCUGAAGUGCAAGAUGGGAUUUACCUGCGCUUCUGGCGGUGGCAACUUUAACACGUUGACGUAUGCCGCCAUUAGGUCAAGAGACUGGAAGUUAUUGACAGGUUUUCAAGACCAGGGUGGCUGGAAGCACAGAAAAACAUCCGGAAACCACUUUGAAAAACCAACGGACUCUCCGAACAAACACCUUUGGCUUUUCAAUAUCAAAAACGACCCGCAAGAGAGAACGGAUCUGUCAGAAAAGUACCCGGAUGUCGUACAAGACCUUCUGAUGAAGUUGAAGACCUACAAUAGGACAGCCGUUCCUCCAUUCUGGCCUCCACGUGACCUGAGGGCAAAUCCUGCUCUACAUGGAGAUGUUUUUGGACCUUGGCUAUAAGAGAAAUUCAAACGAGCUUUUGCCUUAUUCAUCUGGCCAUAAUCUUGUGAUUUUACGAUAGGAAUAUUCUGUAUAGAGAAUGUUUUGCUGAUGAAGUUGAUUUAUUUUGUCUUAAAAAACCCAAGACGGUACAAUAAAAUCACCUAAUAAAUUCGACUUGUCUGCAGUCUGCAACAGGCUCUCAUACAAUUUUCAAACUACUUGUAAAUCAGGUAAUGAAAACUGAGCAGGCGUAAUAUAUAACUUUUCGUGAAAUUGUGCCUUGAGGGAGUUAUACCUCUUCAAAAUUACAAACAGCUGUAUUUCUAUCAUUUCUUGGCAACGCCUUGUCUUAUAGUAAUAGUGUGCGUCCGUUUGUCAAGUAUUUCCAGAAUUAUUCAGGUACGUCUGAAAUUUUCCACGCGUGCGUAGUAGAAUUAACUGAGUAUUCAAUGCAAAUUUGAUUGAAAGUAGCUUUCAGGUGAUUGAUUUAUUCUCUGCUGCGUGUCUAAGAAACACAUGUACCGUUUUUGCCAAUUUGCUUCCUUCAGCGCAGGAAACAAUGUCAUAUUUUAUAUCUGUUCAUUGCAAAUGCCAGUUGACGUUACAGAUUUUAAUACCCCUUAUGUUUCUGAUAAGAAUGUACUAAAAAUGCUACGGAGUAUUUGAACAAAACAAAAAGUUACUGUAGCUUUUCCUACUUUUUCUUUACGUUGUUAGUUCAAUCAACCCUAUAGCAUUGCAUACCAAUAUUCAGGAAGAGAUUCUGCGACAUCAGCAUGAUGUAUAAGCAUGAUGUAUAAAAAUUGUGAUCUUCUAACAAACAGAUGGGCACAGACAGUUGGUCAUGCCUCUGUGUUCUAUUAGCCUGGCUUCCCAGUGGGGGGACAGUUGACAGUUUCGAGUACACUACAGUAGAUUAUUUUUCUGCACAAGGUUUCUUGCAGUUUUGAAAAGAAUAUGACCUCAGCUUGUUGAUACCUUACAAAAUAGACUUUGUUUAUGAUUUUAUGCUAUUUUAGAAUGAUUAGAUAUGGUAAUUUCCAAAGAAGAGGAAAUUGACUGUGCUCUUAUCUCCAGUCUGCCAUGUUUGUUGUGCUAACUGAUUACCCCACCCCGGGGGACCUACUGGUGGCAAGCAUGCUGUUAUUGAGAAACAGGAGGGUCUAACUCGGGAGGUCAACAGGUUACAGCGUGCCUCGAGUGGAAUGUUUUGUAGGCUAAUCCUUUAUGUUGCAAAUGUGAAAUAAUGACACAAAAGUGUCAAAAAAUGGUAGUAAAUCUGAGAUUUCUUAGUUCUAAAAUAUUUCGAAUUUGAGCGAAAAAAAUCCGUAGCAUACCUUUAAAGAAACUGGGCACAAAAGGAAAACUUGUGUAAUUUUCUUUCCAAUGAUAUCAAACUCAUUAUCGUUUUUCAUUUACGGAAUACGCACUAGGCCUGCUUACGUGAGUGGGUCACACAAAAAAUUGCCAAACUUUUACCGCUUCUGUUCAACAAUGAUUCAAUCAAUCGUUAUCACGUCACGUUUGUUAUACAGAACAUUCAAGUUUAUCUUUAACACACCUGGAGUAUGUGAUGAUCGUUAACUCAUAGGACGAGCACCAUGUCUGCUUGACGUACAGGGGGUCACAAAAUAAAUUACCCUACCAGCA